CAAAAAAAAAACAAACAAUAAAAAAAAAAAAAAAAAAAAAAAAAAAAAGAUUUAUAGCAGUGCCAAAAUAAAUAUACAGCAUCUUCUGCUUAGCAGCGUAUCGAAAUGGAUUCAUAAUCGCCACGGCAGUGACGUCACACGUAACUUCAACUGAACGUUUAUCCUGCAGAAGAACGAUUGAGAUGUUGCAUCGCUGACAUUGCCGUGAAUUUGAAUCCAAUUCAAAUAAAAAGCAAUAAGGUAAGUAAAACCAAUACAUUUCGUGUGUUUUCCAGUUAAGUUUAGAUGACAUCAGAUGUCGAUAUCUGAAAAUACUUUUUAAAAAGUAGGUCAUUUUGCCCGCGCAUGCCAGGCCCAUCACAUUAACACAAGCAAAUACCCCAGCCUGAUGUCUUCGUGACAGCAUGUUUUAAAACAAUAUUUUUACUCUGCAUAUGGUAAUAACCAUUUGGGGUUAACCUUCCAUGAUACUUUGCGACUGAAUAAUAUCUGGAUCGUUUAAUGAAUUUGUAUGCAUAUUAUUAGGACAUUUUAAGGCGCAUUCAGGCUUUGGCGCCAGUGGUGGAGUGCAACAUUUAAAAUAUAAAACGCUAACGUUAGCGGUGUCAGUAAUCUUGAAAUGAAUCUGAUCUAUAUAUUUCAUUUCAGAGCGACACAUCGGAGUAAUUCUCAUGUGAUUCAAUGAAGAUAAAAUUUUAUAUAAUCGAUUUGUAACGAAUAUUCUUCUUCAUCUCUUUCAGGUUGAAGCACAACUGAAGGCUAAAUAAGAUCAUGUAUGCCAGAGCUGUGUGGGUGGAGCAUGGUAAAGAAGUGGAGGGAACUGCGCCAGACAACUGGAUUGAUGCUGAAAAAAAAAUCAUUAGAUGGCCAAAAAAGGGGGAAAAGGCAGCUUACCUCAAUCGGCACUCCCCUCAGGAUGACUGGAUGACGUUCACCUUGGUGAAGCGUAAAAUGACCUCCGUUAACAUUCGGGAAUGCGAUGAUUAUGACAUGACGAGUCAUGUCGAGGAGGAAGAUGAGCAAGAUGAGGAAGCAGGACCAAGGAAAAAAACUAAACGCAACUUUGAUGACUAUGUUCUUGAAUCUGACGAUUUGGAUGAGGAAGAAAAUAACAUGACAGAUGCCAUUAUCAAGGUGCCCUCCUUUCCCAUUCCACCAACAAAGGUGACAAAGUCCAUCCAGAUGGAGUCUGCUGGAUUUAACAAAAAGUCCACUGACUCUGGACCCUCUAAUUUAGCCAGGUCUCAACAGACAGGUGUUGGGUCCAGGGACAGGUCCACAGGCAACCCUGGACGUUCAAACAUAAACCGAGCCAGCCAGUUGAGGGGUGCUGGGUCCAGUCAUCAGUCCAGCCACAGUGAUGUAUCCCAGCACAGUGAUGUAUCCCAGCAGAGUGUCGGGUCCCAGCACAGCAAACGGUACCGACACAAGAAGCAGUCCAGGCACAGCGACCAGUCCAGGGACAGCAACCAGAUGGGACAAGACCCUGGACGUUCAAACAUAAACCGAGCCAGCCAGUUGAGGGGUGCUGGGUCCAGUCAUCAGUCCAGCCACAGUGAUGUAUCCCAGCACAGUGAUGUAUCCCAGCAGAGUGUCGGGUCCCAGCACAGCAAACGGUACCGACACAAGAAGCAGUCCAGGCACAGCGACCAGUCCAGGGACAGCAACCAGAUGGGACAAGAGCACAGGUCCUCUGCCAUUGAAUCAAGACGUACAGGGCCUCGUAGGGAAACGGACGUAAGAUUUCCAAUGGAUAUGGCAAAGUUUCAGAAAAAAGUUUUGACUAAAUUGGUGGAAAUCCACAUGGAGGUCAGAAGGCUGGGAAGAAGCGAGCCUCCCCUUUCAUCCACCCAUAUACAGCAGCUGGAGACAAUGGAGGACUUUGCGAGAGAGGAGGAACGCCUCAAGGACAAGCAAGCCUUUGAGUCCCUGGUGUUGCAACUUGCAAGAAUUGGAGGGAAAGAUGUAAGGGAUUGUGUCCAUAGAAUUCUUGACAGGCUCUUUACCAACCGGUUGAUGGCCAAAUUCAAUAUGAAGGGGAAAGGAAAGAAGCAGAAACUGCCUCUGGAGAUGACUAAAACCUAUGAAGCAAUUAAUGCUGCAGUGAUGAAAUGGGACAAAGAUGCUACAGAGGCUACAAUAAAACAUCAUGCAGCAGAGCAUCUUAAACAUGCACCAGGGAGGAAGGGAGGUGGAGGACAUACAGGGGUGGAAACUAAUUAAGGACUUUUGGCAUUUGUGUUUAUUUGCCAUUUAAAAGACUUUAUACCCCCUUCCUCUAUGCUGAUUUCAGGUAAAAUAUAUUAGUCUUGGGGGAUUUGUUUGUUUGUUUUUAUAAUUUUUUUGAUAUUUUUUUUUUUUACUUGCGUUAAAUUUAACUAUUAGAACUUUGUUUUAUCAGCUUGUUAAUAUUGCUGAACAACUCAUUAAAGAUGGUUAAAAAGUAAUCUCUUGUCAUUUUUUUCUGUCAUUUUUUUAAUAGAGUAAAUUAAUGUAUUUCCAAUUGUAAAUAAGGCUAAUAAAAUGUCUUUGCUCACUUAUAUGUCUAUAUGUCUAAUACUGAACGCUGAACAGACGUCUAAAAAAGACGUCGUAAAAACUUUCAUUCUGGCUUCUCAGUGGACGUCUACUGAACGUUCACUAUGUAUGUCACUUGGACGUUAAUACUGAACGCUGAACAGACGUCUAAAAAAGACGUCGCAAAAACUUUCAUUCUGGCUUCUCAGUGGACGUCUACUGAACGUUCACUAUGUAUGUCACUUGGACGUUAAUACUGAACGCUGAACAGACGUCUAAAAAAGACGUCGCAAAAACUUUCAUUCUGGCUUCUCAGUGGACGUCUACUGAACGUUCACUAUGUAUGUCACUUGGACGUUAAUACUGAACGCUGAACAGACGUCUAAAAAAGACGUCGCAAAAACUUUCAUUCUGGCUUCUCAGUGGACGUCUACUGAACGUUCACUAUGUAUGUCACUUGGACGUUAAUACUGAACGCUGAACAGACGUCUAAAAAAGACGUUGCAAAAACUUUCAUUCUGGCUUCUCAGUGGACGUCUUCUGAACGUAUGACAAAGACGUUAAUCCGACGUCUUUUGGA